AUCGCACCACCUUAUCGCUGCCAUGUUUGAAUUCUGGUCGCGAACAGGAAUUAUUGCCGUAUAGAAGCUGGUCUCUGGCUAGUUUACUGUUUUGUGCCGCUUUAGAGGCGAAACAAUAGGUAUUCAAUGUAAUCGUCACUUUUAUGCUCAGACUUUAUACUCAAAGCGCUGUGCACCAUGUCAGCCAACGAUGAGGAUUAUGACUUCGAUGAAUAUGACAAACCUGGUGCUGAGCGUUUCCGCAGACGGAGGGGUGGACAAGAUGAUCUAGAGAGUGAUUUGGAAGAAGAUUUGUUAGAAGAGGAUUGGCUGUCAACUAAAAAGAAUCCAUCAGAAGUGUCAGAUGAAGAGCUGAAUGAUGACCUCCUACAAAGUGAUGAUGAGGAUGUAAAUAUGAGUGGUCAGGAUGUGAGCUUCAAUGCCCCGUACAACUCGGCCACAUCCUUUGACGAGCAGGAACCAAACUACACAGAUGAUGUUGUGAACCUGGGUGCAGAGGGCUGUGAAGAAGGGGAUGUAGAGGCGGGGUACCAGCAAGAUGGGGAAGAGAGGUAUGUAGAGGAAUACAGCCAGGAUGACAACGCAGGGAUGCCUGAAGACCAAAUGGAUUACACUGGAGAGCUAGCUGAGUGUGAAGAUGGCUGCCAGGAUGAAGUGUUAGACAUCCAAAUCAAUGAGACCAUAGAUGGUGAAUUUCAAAAUGAAGACGAUUACAAUUACUAUGAUGAUGAACCUCUGGAUGAACAUGGUGUUCAUCAGGAGGAGGCAGAAGGAGAAGAGCAGCAGCAAGAAGAAGAGGAGGAGGAGGAGGAGCAGGAGGAGGAGGAGGAAGAGACUGCAGAGAGCGCUCAGGUCUUUGACACAAAGGAGGUUGAAAAUGCAGCUACCCCUGAAAAAGAAACAAAGGAGGAAUCGGAUGAGGAGGAUGAGGAAGAUGAAGAGUCUGGUCGCAUCCGGUUCAAAUCCGAGAGAAAGGAUGGUGUUGUCAUGCGGCCAGUUGAUGCAAGCAUUAAAAGGAGGAAUAUUCCUGAAACACUAGAACUGUCAGACAAAGCCAAGCAAGACCUGAAGGAGUUUGAGGAGCAAGAACGGCAGAAGAGACAAAACCGUUUCAUGGGCCAGGGUCGAGGAGGCGGAGGACGAGGCAACAGAGGAAGAGGAGGCUUCCCAGGCUUUGGAAUGGCAGAUUUUAGAGGAGGACACAGAGGACGAAUGAAUGAGCAGAGGCUUCCCCUGAUGGGAAACAUGGGCAUGCAGUCAUCUCGAAUGCCUCCUCCCCAUCAGCACCAGUUGCAGUCUCAGCAGCACCACUCUUCGCAUGCAAGAGGACCUCUUUCCUUCCAAGAACACGGGCGUCCACUGCCCCAGCAGCCCCUUCAGCCCCUCAUCCCUCCACACAUGUCUCACCGCUCCCUGCCAUUGCGGCCCCAAAUGGAUUCGCCAGCUCGGAUGAUGGGCUCCCCUCCACCCAACUUCCCCCAGCAUCAUCAGGAGCAGCCUCCACAACCCAGACACAUCUAUAUUAACCCCCAUUUUAGAGGGCCUAUGUCAUCCUCUGUACAGGUGCCCUUGAUGCCUCCUGUUCAGAGCCAGCCCAGACCUGCUGUGGGUCCUCAGAGGUUCCCCGGACCGGGAGACUUCCAGCAACACUUGCCUGGUAAUUUUGGUCAGCCCCAUCGGCCACCUCAUCACAUGGAACCCUAUAGGAACCAGCCACCUCAAGGCCCCCCGAACAGAGAGCCGCUCUUUAUGGGAGAUCGCACAGAGUCGGCACGCUUUCCAGGGCAGCACAUGUUUGAUCCCCACAGCAACAACCUCCAUCAACAGCAGCAGCUGCCCGGCCAGGGCCACAUGGGCUUUAGCCCAUCAGGACCAACUUUUAACCAGCCAGGCCAGAGCCCAGUCGGGCUGUUUUCAAGAGAACCCCCAAGACCCAACAUCCCUCCCCACCAAGGUCACGAGGGGUUGGUCGGCUUGAAUCAACAAGGUGGCUCGUCUAACCAUCCCAGGCCUUUCAUGAGCCCCCGUCAGCAGUUUGGCCAACAGGGAAACCUGUUCCCCCCUCCGCAGGUUCCAUUUGGGAUGCAGGUACGCAUAAGAGGUUUAAUGCACAGCUCUCCUGUAUCCCAGCUUCCGCAUCACAACCCACUGCCAUCCCAUCAGACCAUGCAGCAGCAACACCAUCGGCAGGAGUUACCCCAUCAUCAACAGCUAAGUCUCAAUGAGCCUCGUCCCAUGAUGCACCAUAGCCAGACUCCCUUCCAUCAACAGCAUGCGCGUGGUACCCCCAGGCUGAUGACACUCCGCCCUCAGAACUCCCUGCAGCGCAACAUGUCCAACAGGCAGAGGCUGAACACACCUGUUUCCAAGCAAUUGCAGCAGCGCAACAGCAACUUGCGCGAGCUCCCUGUAGCACCUAGCAACACAGACAUGAACAGUGCCCGCCCAGCCACCACCCCCUCCUCCCUAGCCAACAACAUCAGGCCUGUUGCCAAGGCAACACAGGGGGUGCGUCCUGGGCAGAACACCGAGCCGGAGUGUGAUGGUGGCAAAGGAGGAGGCCAAAGUGUUGCCAAGAAUCAGUCGCUUGGGGGAGCAGGCAGGGCCGUGGUUCACAAGGAAAUCCCAAGCACACCAACUAGCACGGCACCAGAGGUCAGCACACCAGCCAGCACAGCACCGGAGGACCCUGAUGAGGAUGAGGAGACGCAGCAGUAUCGUAUGAAGAUCGAGGAGCAGAAACGUCUGAGGGAGAUGAUUCUGAAGAGGAAGGAGAUGCGGCGGCAGAUGCAGGCUGGUGUCAGAAAAAAGGAGCUACUGGAAAGACUCAAUUCCCAGACAAACACUCAGAGCCAGGGCCUCGCUCCUGCACAGAUUCAACCUGAGCAAAAAAAUCAGCAGAUGCCACACCCUGCAGAAGAGCAGCAGCCAGAACAAAAACAGCAGCAGCAGCAGCAGCAAUUACAACCACUUCAGCAGAAGCCGUUUCCACAGAGAACACAACAAUCAUUAAAUCAAUUAUUAAAGAACCCUAAUCAAGGUACACACAUCCCUCCCAGUGGCACAACUCAGACCCCUACGCCACGUACCAGUGUCAAGACACGCCUGCAGAUGGUAAAAGGAAGCCCUCAGCAGCAACAGACUGGGCCUGGCCCAGACCAACAGUGGAAGCAACCCCAACAAAAUCAGCAGCAGUUCCAACAACGAAGGAGCAGUUCUCUGCAGAACAUAAACAGACCAGGCACUCAGAUCCUGGGCAGUCAGAUCCAGUCCACUCAAAAGAACAUACCUUUAACUGCUUCAGCGAGCCCUGGCCCGGCUCAGAAUCAAGGACUUAAACCCGGGGCCAAAAGAACUGUGAUGCAUCGGUCCAAGAGUGUCGAAGGCCACCAAGUGCCACAAAAAGUCAGAGUUGUUAAACUUUCAGGAGCGAGUGGAAAGGGACCUGAGACCACUUGCACCCCAGUGCAGCAACAAGGCACCUGGCUGGCAUCGCUGCUCAACCAGGGCAUCCAAAGGAAGGUUACCAUGCCAGGACAGCAGCAACAGGGACUGGGUGCAGCACCACAGGCUAGCCAAGGAGGCAUGGUCAACCCACAGCAAAACAGGGUUGUCAUGUCAGGUAGAGGUAGAGGGAGCGGUCAGAUGGGUCGAGGUCGUUCGAUGUCCGCCAGACCGAGCCAAAGAAGUGGAGAGAAAGAGCGCUGCACUGUGUCCAUAGAGGGCCUCUCUUCAUCCACAACUAACAUGCAGCUGCAAAACCUUCUCCGGUCCAUUGGCCCCAUAGAGAUGUUCACAAUGAUGCCCCAGCAGAGGAAAGCAAUUGCCAAAUUUACCUGUCCCCAGCAUGCAGCAAGUUUUCAGAUGAGCUUCCACAGGCAUAUGAUUGAUUUAUCCCACAUUGACGUGUCACUGAUUGAUGGAUGAAGAGCACACUUGAGCCAGCGUGUCCUGCUACGGGAAGUCACUUUCUUCUGAUGGGGUGGUAUCCUGUGCACAGCUCCAGCUCAGCAUAGGAAUAUGUCUUCAGCUCUUUGGGGUCACUCACAGUGAACGUCUCUGCACAGAAACAUUUCUCAUCAGUUGUGCCCAGUAUGCUUGAACAGUGAAUACAAAGACAUCAGUAAAAUGAGACCGCAGAGACACUGGACAGUUAAUCUGACGAUGAUGUGGUUUGUGGAGAAUCUUUUUGUACAUCUAAGUAGAACUUAUCAUAAGAUAAUGGUUGCUCCCCACCUCAGAAAGAUUCAUAAUGACAACUGUUUUGCUAUAAAAUUAAUAUUUUGGCUGUUUGAGGAUUGCUGUGGCCAGCCUUUCCAUGUGGGAUUUUUCUUAUUAGUGCUUCUUCCUUUCUGUAGAUGGCAGCAUUGCAUCGCUAUUGGGGCUUUUUUCCUUCUUAAUUCAAGUCAGUGUUCAGGUAGAGAUGAGUCUCCAGUCUUCAGCUGAAUGGCACUACCUAGUGGAGAACUUGCAUAAGGGCACAGAUGUUGCUUGGUGUGAUGAUUUAACAUUGGACAUUGCCGAGAUUUGAACCAAACUGGCAACAUGAAUACAUUUUUAUUUGAUAUCAGUGCUGUUGGGAGUUGUGAAAUUGUUAUAUAGGUUUUGUGGUGCUUUAAUCUCAGCUUGUUCAGGUCCUCUCCCUCAUUGAAGUUAGCUAAAAUAUCGACUUAAAAUUUACAACAAAGGGGCAGCGUUGAAUGACCAAGCAAACUGUUAGCUGGAAUGCAUUUUGGAAAAGUCUUCCUUCCCUUUUGGGUGUAUAUAUGUAGUUGUAUGUCUGUUUAUGGAGCAGUUAGACUUAGGUUCUGUGUUUUUAAAGGUCUGUGUGAUAGUUUUUUGUUUUGUUUUUUUUUUAAUGAUGACACCUGUUGGGAAUUUAAUUAGCUUUUUUUGGUAGGUCUGAGAAUUGCUUGCAGUUCUCUUCAGGGUUUACCAAUUUCUGUAAUUGUUUUUAGCCAUUAUAUCCAUUUUAUUUUCUCCAGUCUGAAUUAAUCAGUCUGAAUCUGGGUGAAUGUCAGUUAAAAUGUGGUGCCUUAUCACUGAGUUGCAUAGUGUAACUGGAAUAGCACUUUGAAUAAAAGGCUUUACACUGAGCUGAUAAUGUAGUGGUGGUCCCAAAUGCUGAAUUCCCCUUAGUAUAAUGUAGACAUGUCAUAUAUGGUGAUCUUUAAAGUAAAAUAUUAUUUCUACAAAAUGUCUUCAGAAAACUGUGGUAAAUAGUAAAUAAGUAGAGGCCGCUGUCACUAAUGCAACACUUGGGUUUUGUCCGGUCCUUUCGCCCUCAUUCGAGGAAUGCUAUCACAUCAUAGAAAAUUUUGGAUGCUAACAUUUUAUUAACUUCAUGUCUGGCAUUCAGUUGGAUUUCAUGAGACAUUGAUAAAUACAGCAAGUAAAGCUCACAUUCUUUCCCCAUAAUCCCAUGACUCACUCAACAUUUUGUCAGUUUUGUAAAGAAAAAGAACAUCUUUUAUCUAUUUUUACUUUUAACUUCGUCUGUUUUGUGAGCAUAAAUUGUAGGUAUAUGACAUAAGAAGGUGAGGGGGCAACCAUUAUCUGUGCGGUGAUUGUGUACAUAAGUAGACCAGAUCUUUCUCUCUGUGUGUUUAUCCUAUUAUAAUUCCUUUGAGUUUUCCUUUACUCAUGUUGUAUCACAGUUUUAUAUGUAAGAAUAUGCCGACAUGUCCAGCCAUAAUUCAAAGUGUUUUGGAAUUAGAGGCAAAAGUGACUGGACCAGAUUUCUGUUUAUAAAACAAAACGUUUAGGGGGGAAAAAGAAAAUAAAAACAUGGCCACUAUACCAUGAUCAUGCAGGUAUGUGAAGCCAGUCAAACUUUAGUCCAAAGAUGUGUGGUUGUGUGUGGUGUCCACGUGUUUGGUGCCUUCAACAUGAAACGUCUUUCUUAUUUGUGCCACAUUUUCUUCAUUUAACCUGUCACUUCCUGGGUGCUCAACUUGUAACAAAUCACUUACUUUUAAAAACUAUUUGCUAACUUGGGAUUAAAGUGCAGUUCCUGAGUAA